AUGACGAGAGCAGGCGGCGUGCUUAAGCCUAAGAUGGCGGUACCAUACGUGAGAUCACAGCAGGAAAACGAGCGUGAUACAGCAACGACCGAGAACGCGAAAGCAGAGAGCUCUUCAUCAGUGCCGAAGGAAGAAGAAGAAGAAAAAAAAGGAUCCAGCCAGGACCUUUGUUCCAGCAAGAGUAUCUCGGACCGACAGAACGGAGCAGAACCACGACCCAAGCAGGGUACUGAAGAUUCCAAGGCCGUCAAGGCAGAGAGCUCUUCAUCCGGGACGAAAGAUGGGGAAGCCAGCCGGACUCCUAGAUCCGAGAAAGUCUCGGCUGCCUGGUCGUCAGAGCAGGCGAGAGACUGGGAUCGGGUUGUCAUGGGAGUAGCAUUGAAUUAG